CAACGCAUGCGCAGAUCUCAAUUCCGUCUCCAGCCAUUUGGAGUGGUGAUGGAAAACAUUAGGCGUACUGUGUUAGAAUCAUUAUCUACCAGCAACAUGGCGUACAAUUACGUAGUGACAGCUCAUAAGCCAACUUCCGUCAAUGCUUGUGUUACAGGCAACUUCACCUCUCCUGAUGAUUUGAAUCUUAUUAUUGCCAAAAACACUCGCAUGGAGCUGUAUGUGGUCACACCAGAAGGCCUCCGCCCGGUCAAGGAAGUUGGUAUAUAUGGAAAGAUAGCUGUGAUGGAGUUAUUCAGACCUCCAGGAGAGACAAAGGAUCUGCUGUUUGUGUUGACGGCUCGCUAUCACGCCAUGAUCCUGGAAUGUCAACAGGAAGGAGACACACUGGAGAUUAUCACUCGUGCACAUGGGAACGUUCAGGAUCGUAUUGGUCGUCCAUCUGAGACUGGUAUCAUUGGCAUAAUCGAUCCACAGUGUCGUGUCAUUGGACUCCGAUUGUAUGAUGGUCUCUUCAAGGUUAUUCCCCUUGACCGGGACAACCGAGAACUUAAAGCUUUUAAUAUCAGAUUGGAGGAGCUGACAGUGAUCGACAUGCAGUUUCUCCACGGAUGUUCCACACCCACUGUCAUCCUGGUCCAUCAGGACCAACAUGGCCGCCAUGUGAAGACCUAUGAGAUAUCCCUCCGUGACAAAGAGUUCCAGAAGGGCCCGUGGAAGCAGGACAAUGUGGAAACCGAGGCCUGCAUGGUCAUCGCAGUUCCAGAACCCUUUGGAGGAGCUCUGAUAGUAGGCCAGGAGUCCAUCACCUACCACAAGGGCGACAACUACAUACCUGUGGCGCCCCCGGCCAUCAAGCAAAAUGCGCUGACAUGUUAUGGCAAGGUAGACACGAACGGCUCGCGGUACCUGCUGGGGGACAUGGCGGGGAGACUUUUCAUGUUGCUCUUGGAGAAGGAGGAGAAAAUGGACGGCACAGCAGUGGUCAAGGAUCUCAAAGUGGAACUCUUGGGAGAGACAACAAUCGCAGAAUGCAUCACAUACUUGGACAAUGGUGUUGUUUUCAUCGGAUCGCGUCUUGGAGACUCCCAUCUAGUCAAGCUGAAUGUGGAUUCGGAUGAAAGUGGAUCGUAUGUGCAGGUCAUGGAGACGUUCACCAACCUCGGACCCAUUGUUGACAUGUGUGUCGUCGACCUUGAGAGACAGGGUCAGGGACAGCUGGUCACUUGCUCCGGGGCCUACAAGGAAGGAUCACUGAGGAUCAUCCGAAAUGGAAUCGGUAUCCACGAACACGCCACCAUUGAUCUGCCAGGAAUUAAAGGAAUCUGGCCCCUGAGGGUGAACUCCCCGGACUUCGACAAUUUGCUCGUGCUUUCUUUUGUUGGACAAAGUCGUGUUCUCAUGUUGAAUGGUGAAGAGGUGGAGGAGACAGAAAUGGCUGGAUUUGACGGGGACCAGCAGACAUUCUUCUGUGGCAAUGUUGUUGGGAACCAGUUGGUGCAGAUCACCCCCAGUUCUAUCCGGCUGAUCAGCUGUGACAGCAAGACAUUGGUGGCUGAGUGGAAACAUCCCUCGGGGAAGAACAUCAGUCUGGCCAGUUGUAACACCUGUCAGGCUGUCGUCGCCAUCGGCAGCGAGCUCUACUAUCUCAAGAUACUCACAGGAGAUAUUAAGGAAGUCAGCCACGCCACCAUGGAGCAUGAGGUGGCUUGUGUCGACAUCAGUCUCACCAAGACGGGCAAGGAUGAGGCGGAGCUGUGUGCUGUGGGGCUGUGGACAGACAUAUCCGUCCGUGUCCUCAAACUCCCCAACUUCGAUAGUCUGCAUGUGGAGAUGCUGGGUGGAGAGAUCAUCCCCCGGUCCAUCCUGCUGACGACGUUUGAAGGCAUCCACUAUUUACUGUGUGCUCUGGGAGAUGGGUCUCUGUUCUACUUCAAUCUCAGCGUCGGCGAACAGACGAAAGGUAUUCUGAAUGAGAAGAAGAAGGUGACCCUGGGGACACAACCCACAGUCCUGCGCACCUUCAAGUCGCUCUCGACCACCAACAUCUUCGCCUGUUCCGACAGGCCCACGGUCAUCUACUCCUCCAAUCACAAGCUUGUUUUCUCCAAUGUUAAUCUCCGAGAAGUCAACCAUAUGUGUCCACUUAACUCCGAUGGCUAUCGGGACAGUUUGGCUCUAGCCAGUGAUAGUUCUCUGAUUAUCGGCACCAUUGAUGAAAUCCAGAAACUUCACAUCCGAACCAUCCCCCUGGGAGAGUCUCCAAGACGUAUAGCUUAUCAAGAAUCCUCGGAGACGUUUGGCAUCAUCUCAUUCCGUACCGACAUCCAGGACAACCAAGGGACACGAGCCACCCGGGUCAGCGCCAGCACCCACGCCAACAACGUCAGCGUCAGCUCCAACGCCAAACUCAUGACUGGAUCGUCCACGUCAACGUCAGAACAUACAUACGGGGAUGAAGUGGAGAUUCAUUCUCUGUUGGUGAUCGAUCAGCAUACAUUUGAGGUCCUGUUUGCGCACCAGUUAAUGACUAAUGAAUGUGCAACAAGUCUGAUCUCGGCCAAGCUAGGAGAGGACGCCAGCACGUACUACAUCGUAGGCACAGCUCUCGUCUACCCGGAUGAGGCGGAGCCCAAACAGGGGCGCAUCCUCAUCUUCCAUUUCAAGGAUGCCAAGCUGACGCAGGUGGCAGAGAAGGAAAUCAAAGGAGCCGCCUACACACUGGUGGAGUUUAAUGGCAAGCUGCUGGCCAGUAUCAACAGCACGGUCCGGUUAUUUGAGUGGACGGCCGAGAAGGAACUCCGCCUGGAGUGUAGUCAUUUCAACAACAUCAUUGCCCUGUAUCUCAAGACGAAGGGGGACUUUGUGUUGGUGGGCGACCUCAUGAGGUCGAUCACAUUGCUGGCAUACAAGCCUCUGGAGGGAACCUUUGAAGAGAUUGCCCGAGAUUGUAACCCAAGCUGGAUGACGGCUGUUGAAGUGUUGGAUGACGACAACUUCCUGGGAGCAGAGAACUCGUUCAACAUAUUCACAUGUCAGAAGGAUAGUGCUGCAGCAACAGAUGAAGACCGGCAACAGCUGCAAGAAGUGGGCCUCUUCCAUCUCGGCGAGUUUGUCAAUGUCUUCAGACAUGGAUCACUGGUGAUGCAACAUGCGGGGGAAAAUGCUACACCUCUCCAGGGCUCCGUGCUCUUCGGAACCGUCAACGGUGCAGUGGGGUUGGUGGCACAGCUGCCCCACGACUUCUACAACUUCCUCCUGGAAGUCCAGAACCGACUGGCCAAGGUCAUCAAGAGUGUUGGCAAAGUGGAACACUCAGUAUGGCGAUCUUUCUACACUGAACGUAAGACUGAGGCUUGCGUCGGGUUUAUCGAUGGUGACCUCAUUGAGAGUUACCUUGACCUCUCUCGGGACAAGAUGCAGGAGGUUGUGCAGGGGCAACAGCUAACCAUGAUUGACGACGGUAGCGGCAUGAAGCGAGACGCCACGGUGGGAGAACUUGUGAAGAUGAUAGAGGAGCUGACUCGCAUACACUGAUGUGACGUCCCCCGAGGUGACAUGGUCACCCCACCAUAUCCGUGCAGACAACAGACUCGAAGCACUAAACUAGACAACUCCCACAAGAACAGUCAAUCCUGUGUCCAAGUGCUAAGACUACAACCAGUGCUCUGCGACUACACACCGUUAUCCACCUUCACGGGACGACGUCCUGUGUUCUAUGUUUGUAUUGUGACCACAAGGAUGUUUUGUGAUAUGUAUUGGGAUAAAGCAUCGAUAUUGAUCAACUGGCCAUUUUGUCGACGACGGUCAGGACGAUUGAGGAAUGAUCUGGCUGAUCGGCAUUGUGGACUAUGGCACCAUGAGAAAUUAAGACAACCUGCAAUUAUGCAACCUUGAUGGAAACUCGGAAAUUUUUUCUCCGCAAUCAAUAGAGUUGUAACAAUCCAUGUCACGAUAGCGUAUGUUGAUAGUAAGGAUGCCCUGUGUGAUAUUGUAGCUCUCGGUAUCAUUACUCAUACUACAGUGAAUCGGUCAGCCUUCGUAAUCCGACUAUCAUUUUGUGUUUAUUCUUUCUUUUUGACAUGUGAAAAAAUUAAUUAAACAGGCCGUAAAAAGACCUGGGUCUUUCCAAAAAUAAUUUCUGAUUCUUAACCAUCACAACUGUCAGACUUUAUGAGCUAAUUAAUAAAGCAGCCAUGAUUACUCUUGCAAAAUGGUACCGACUUGGAUGACAUGGUGAAGAAAGAAGAAACUGUAUAGAAUGUAGCAGUUAUGUAGACCAUAAGUAUCUUCUGUAGGAAUUGUUUUGGUUCCAGUGUGUCAUUUGCAACAUUUUGAAACUAAUGGUGAUAUUAUUGGUUUCAUUUGUGAAAUAUUCAUUGUAUGCCUACAUCAAUAAUUGUCUCAACAAAGAAUUGGUGGUCUUUGUGUUCACUGGUAGGAGUGUUGAAUGUCCAAAACACUAUAAUCAUUUCUAAUCAGUGUUCGAAAGUAGGCAGGAGUGCCCUGGGGUCCUUGUCCAACCCCUGUUGAAUGGAAGAUUUUAAGGGUCAUAUACUGUAGGGUCAAACCUCAAGGACCCCCGGACCUCUCCUUAAGUUCGAUCACUGAUUAUUGUCUGUCAAACAGAAAAUUAUUUUUGUAUAAGCAAACUACACUUUCAACCAACGUAAUCAGGACUGUAGCUAUUGUGUGAUGCUGUGAGGUUAAGACAAGGAGUAUUGGACUUAAAAGGCUCAUAUGUGCAUUGGUCUUUGGGCUACAGCUCAUUUGUAUUGAGAAUCUUUUGAUAGUUUGUUUUAUUUAAGGCUGAAAAAAAAUAAGUCUUGGUUCUCAGGCACCGCCCGCAUCAUCAUAAAGUCUGCCCCCCAUUUCAUUUCUAUUUCCAUUUUAAAACAAUAACCAAAAAAAUCCUUAAAUAUUCAAAGUCCAACGGUAGUUAAAUACUAAAUUCCAGUAUUUUACUCAUCAAGGAAUACAUUUAUAAUACAUUUAUGUAGGGAGGUCCUUUCCGAGGUUGAUUGUACACAACUGUUUACAGUAUUUGGUUUCAUACUAGUUUCAACAACAACAAAAACAAAAAACACUGCCUGCCCGCAAUAUUCUUUCAAAAGCCAUUGCCUGAGAACCAAUUCUUUUAUUUUUUAAGCCUUAUUAUAGUGAUAUAUUUAGCUUUGCUGGAGUAUUAACAAUUAGUAUUUGUGAAUACUUAAGAAAAUACUGGAAAUAUUGAUUUAUUUGAUUUAAGGUUAUGGAGUCAGUUCCAGUCAUCUUUUGUUUGACUUGACAAUGGCAUGUUCACUGUGAGUCUUGAUAUAUCUCCAUGUUUCAAUUUUUUCUAAAUGUUAAGGUCAUUGAUCUUUUUUAUCUGGACCUUGUUUAACAAAGUGAUCAUAGCGCUACGUCUGUCGUAAAUCAGUGUUAUUGUGUAGGAGUUACGAUGGUCGUAGCACUGCCAUCAACCUUCAUUUGUCGCAAGUCAUGUCAUCCCUUCACAUUGUCCGUGUGUUGUUAACUUGUUAGCUUGUUAACAUGAAUAUUCAGGAAGAUAGUACUGUUCAUGACUGUUCCAACCAAUAAAAGAAUCACAAAACAAA